ACCAACACACACACACACACACACACGCACACGCCAACUCGCCACAAAACACACCAAACAAAACCACACACAACCGCCUCACAGCGCCAUCCCUCCACACAUCCGCCCAGACACAAACCCAAACCGCAACGCAAUCGACGCGCUCAGACCAACACACACACACACACACACACGCACACGCCAACUCGCCACAAAACACACCAAACAAAACCACACACAACCGCCUCACAGCGCCAUCCCUCCACACAUCGCCAAGCAAGCCUCCGCACCCAUUACAACGAUCGUCCUCUCCACCAGCACAUUAGCACCCGUGAGGCGCCAGCAUCCACGCCUUGUCGAUUCUCCGCGCUCCGCCAUGGUCCACUGCCUCACAUACCCGAAGCCUCGAACCGCCAGGCCGGGAGCCACCCGCCUCCGAAAACAAAAAUGUCAAGCAGCUGGCUGACUCGAACCCUACUCGUCCGACCGGCCAGUGGCCCGGACAGAGGUGACACACAGCACAGAGCACAGAGCACACAGCACACAGCUGGGCGUUUGGUCUGUGGCGCUGACCAGGCUCUCGGUGAGCUGUUUAGCCGGUCUCCCUCAUGCCCAAACUCUUGUGGGAUCCUGCGCCUGGCAGUCGGCGUGGUUGCCCCACACUCGCCGACAAAAAAGGUGGGUCGUCUGUAA